UCCACUCCCCACUUCGGACACAAAUCUCGCUCCAAAAAGAAAGAAAAAUCCCAGCUUUACAAUAAUUACUGAGCUCCAAUGGCUUCUUCUCUCCUCUUCUCCUGUCCUCUUCAUCUCUCCUCUUCCCCCAAACCCUCCUCCAUCUCCGCCGCUCGCCGGAGCUCCUCCCUCCCUCUCUCCUCCUCCGAUUCGAGCGAGGAGAAGAAGCGGGUGGUGCUCGAGCGGUACGGGCUCGACCCAUCAGAGUUCAUCUCAGAACCUCACCAAAGGCGAGGGAGGAGGAGAGAAGAGCAGAUGAAGCUGAGGAAGAGAGAGAAGGGGCGGGCGGCGCCUCCGCGGCUGGAGGAGCGGAAACCUCCUCGUACCACGCACAAAUUGCUCAAGGUUUUAGGAGGAAAAGCUCGCAGGAAAAAGCUAUUGUCACCAGAGGAUAGGGAUGUCCGACCAAUGAUGGAAGUUGUAAGAGGAGCUGCUUUUGAUAUGUUACAGGUGGCUGGUGGAUGUCCAGCUGCACUUAGGCCGGGUCGUUGGUUAGACUUGUAUAGUGGCACUGGAGCAGUUGGAAUUGAAGCUAUAAGCCGUGGAUGUUCUGAGGCUCACUUCGUUGAAAUGGAUCCUUGGGUUGUUUCUGAAGUUUUGAGGCCAAAUUUAGAACUAACUGGAUUUACUGAUGUUUCAAUGGUACACACUAGCCGUGUUGAAAAUUUCCUAGAACAGGCGGUAUCUCGAGGAGAAGAUGGAUCAUUUGAUUAUGUCAGUGUUACACCACCAUAUACGGCAGUUGAUUAUGGUGUACUAUUGGCACAACUUGAAAGGUCACCAUUAAUUGGAGAAGACUGCUUCAUUCUAGUGGAAUAUCCCCUUAAAACAUCAAUGCCGGAUUCUUGCGGACAUCUCAUUAAGAUAACUGACAGACGAUUUGGUAGAACCAAUUUGAUUGUGUAUGGACCAGAAUGGGCACAGAAGAAGAAAAGGUCAGAAAGAACUUUGUUGACAAAAAGUAAUUUAUUAUGAGAGAGAAUUUUGUUACAUGAUUACUGCCUUCUACUUAGAUGUAUAUUUUAUUUCGUGUUUUCUAUAUGGUGUUAGGUGAUGGAUUUUUGUACUUGGCUGUAUGGGAUUGUUUCUGUUAGUCACAAGUAAUUAAUUUUUCUGUACAAAUAGGGAAAUUAUUUGGAGAGGGAUACAACCCUUACAAUGUUCAUAAUAGAAUUUAUCUACAUUACCGCC